ACCACCUGCAGGCUGAGUUUCACUCGGGGCCAGGGCACUGCAGGGCACCACCAGCCAUGACAGCGAGCUGGCCCCAGGGCGGCUCCGCUGGAACUCCAGUUCAGCUCACAGUUUUUGUUAUGACAGCAGUUGCUUUCACUUCUACAAUGACUCAAAAUACAUCUGAGAUCACGUGUGGGUUUAUCAGCCAGAAGGAUGAAGGUUCAGAAGCACCAGAGACAUCAGUAGCUCCUAAGGUUCCUAAUAUUUUGGAAGAUCUUGGGUGUUACUUGAAUUCUCAAGGAACAGAGAACAUCUACCAAACAAUAAAAAAUGUGGAAGUCAAUGUAUUUGAAGAUAUUGAAUUAAGAAUAACAAUGAGCAUUUCAAAUAUAAUUUCAUGCUUUUGGUUCUUUAAAAAGAGCAAAACCUGUAAACUUUCUUUUGACUCAGAGAAUAGAUAUAUUGCAUCUUUGGCUUUUUCCCAAAUAAAAGAAGGACAAGCUGGGACGUACACCCUCUUGGUCACAAGUAAAACUGGCAAUUACACAGUGGUUGUGCCUGUUCUCAUCAGAAAAAAACCAGCCAAACCCUAUUUCAGGAAAAGGGAAAAAUCAGAUUCUAUCAAGUGCAUUUCUGAGAGUUACCCCCAGCCCUCUGUGGAAUGGAUAUUCUGCAAAACACCUGAGAAGAGUUGCCCUUAUAAAAGGCAUGAAGAAACUGGAGAAAUAGAUGGCAUCCAGAUGGUGCAACAUGAAUUAUUUCAAACUUACAUAUGGUGCUGUGCAGUCAAUGUCCUGGGCAGAGAAUGCACCAGCUUCUUUACGAUAGAUUUAAAUGAAAGACAGGCAGCACCUUUACCUGAACUACUACUUAAGGUUGGGGAGCCAUUGCUGAUCAGAUGCAGAGCUGUUCACCAUAAUUAUAAAUUCAGAAUACAACUAUCUUUUGAAAACAGAGAAGUUGAGCAGGGUUGCUGCUUUGAAGGAUUAGAAUAUCAAGAAGACUUGUCAGCAAUUCGGGUCCAGCAUGUGUUUAUUUCAGCAGCAGAAAGAAAUGACAGUGGACAUUACACCUGCUCUUCUACUGCUCAUCCAAAUCAAACUGCUUUGAUCACAGUUCUAGAAAAGGGAUUUAUAAAUAUAACUGACUCUAAAGAAGAUUUUGAAAUUGGUGAGGAAGAGUUUUGCUUUGAAGUUAACUUUACAGCAUAUCCUCCAGUUAGAUGCAUGUGGCUGUAUUCCAAUAAAACAUUUCCAUGUAUACAAAGUUACAGUGUGGAUGGACACAGCAUUUCAUCGAAGUUCUGCAACCAUCAGCACCAGUCUGGGAUAUAUGUAUUUUAUGCUGAGAAUGACGAUACAGUUGUAACAAAAAAAUUCACUCUGUAUGUGAGAAGAAAGCCUGAAAUAAGGAUGCAGCUGCUGUUCAAGCAGAUCUCCUGUGUUGCUGAAGGUUACCCUGCCUCAUCCUGGGUUUGGAGGAACUGUCUUGAACUCAACUCAUCCAACUGCACAGAGGAAAUCACAGAGGGGAUUCACAACUUCUUGCCAGAGAGGAGAUCCCUGGGGUCAUGGAUUUCAAGCAGUACUUUACAUGUACAGGAGACAGCAACAACCUUCUCAGUGGAGUGCUGUGCAAACAAUUCAGCUGGCUCAGCCUGUGAAAAGAGUUUCAUUAACCUGUCAGUUGCAGGAGCUGUUUCUUCGCCCCUGGACAAUGCUGCAUCCUAUGCCUCCCUUGGAUUUCUUUUCCUCUUGAUUGCUUUUUUGUUUGUAUUCAUUUUUUUUAAAUAUAAAAAGCAAUUCAAAUAUGAAAGCCAGUGGCAAAUGAUACAGAUGAUAGGGCCAUCAGAUAAUGAAUACAUCUACAUCGACUUCAGAGAAUUUGAAUAUGAUAUAAAAUGGGAAUUUCCCAGGGAAAAUCUGGAAUUUGGACAGGUCCUUGGUUCUGGGGCCUUUGGGAAAGUAGUGACUGCAACAGCUUAUGGAAUUAACAAUGCAGGAGAUUCAGUCCAGGUCGCAGUCAAAAUGCUAAAAGAAAAACCUGAUGCUUCAGAAGAAGAUGCUCUAAUGUCUGAGCUGAAAAUGAUGACUCACAUUGGAAGCCAUGAAAAUAUUGUGAACCUACUAGGAGCUUGUACUCUGUCAGGACCAAUCUACUUGAUAUUUGAAUACUGUUGCUAUGGUGACCUUCUGAACUACUUGAGGAGCAAGAGAGAAAAGUUUCACUGGACGUUGACAGAUAUUUUUAAACAACAAAACUUCAGCUUUUACCACAAUAUCCAUCAGGAUCAAAACUCUAGGACGGGGACUCACCUGAAGUACAGUGUGAACACAGCUCUGUGCAGAGGAGAUGAAUUUGAAACCAUGCAAAGAAGUCAAAACAUAAAUGUGACACUGGAACCAAAUGGGAUUGUGCUGCUUUCUGAGGAAGAUAAAAUUAAGGAUGCAGGCACACCAGUGGAUGAAGAAGAAGAUUUUAAUGUGCUCACUUUUGAAGACCUUCUUUGCUUCUCUUAUCAAGUUGCCAAAGGAAUGGAAUUUCUUGAGUCCAAAUCGUGCAUCCACAGAGACCUCGCUGCCCGGAACAUACUGGUGACCCAUGGGAAAGUGGUGAAAAUCUGUGACUUUGGCCUUGCCAGAGAUGUAAUGAACGACUCCAACUACAUUGUCAGGGGCAAUGCUCGGCUGCCAGUCAAAUGGAUGGCCCCUGAAAGCUUGUUCGAGAGGACGUACACCAUGAAGAGUGAUGUCUGGUCCUAUGGAAUACUGCUGUGGGAAAUAUUCUCCCUGGGUGUAAAUCCUUACCCCGGUAUUCAGGUUGACACAAAUUUCUACAAAUUAAUACAAAGUGGAUUUAAAAUGGACCAACCGUAUUAUGCUACAAAAGAUGUCUACUGCAUAAUGCAGUCCUGUUGGGCUCUUGACUCCAGGGAAAGACCCUCUUUUUCUCACCUGGUUUCCUCUCUGGCCCAUCAGCUGGCUGAGGCAGAAGGAGCAAUUUACCAUAAUACAAAGAAAAACUUUGCUACACACCAUUCCAGCAUCAAAACUAAACCUCGUGUAAACAGAGAUGAGGAAUCUUUGCUGUCCUCAGUCGUGAUCCAGCAUGAAGACCCUCAAGUUGAAAAAUAAUCUGAGUUGUGGAUUUGGUUUCAGUAUUGUCAUACACUCUGUGUAUGAUAAGUGUUUUAUAUCAGCUCUAGGAAAAGAAAUUGUCACCAACUGCUGCACUGUUUGUGUUUCUUGCGGGCCAGUCAGUAUUUAUGUGACUUUUUGUGAAGAAGAUGUAAUUCAUUUGUUUGAAUUCAGCAAACACAUCUAUAGCAAGACAGAGUUUUUUGCUGCCUCUCUCCAACUGAAUAUUUCUUUUCCUGGUGCUGUGUAAAUAGUCAACAUAUUGAAUUAUACUGUUCUUGCUACAUUGCAAGCAAAUAUGAGAGAAUCCACAGUAAUUUCAAUCAAUGUUUGCAAGCAUUGACUAUGCAGCUAAAGAGAGCUGCUGUGAUUUCCAGAAGUGCUAUUCACAUCUUCAUCUCCAGAUGUCAGGGAGUGCUGGAAAAAAACCCCAUUGGAGUUGCCAAUUUUAGAUGUCCAAAUUUUACAGUUCUAUCAGUCUUGAUUUACAAGGAGCUCUUAGUUUGAUUGAUUGUCUUACCCUGGACAUCUCAGUGGUUGUGAAGUACGGGUGGUGGGUGUUCAGUUCAGGUGAGUUCAUUUUAUCAAGAUUUAGUUACUCAUGUGGCCUCUACUGAGCCAGGCUACAUUCUGCAACUGCUGAUGAGAGAUAGGGAUUCCUUUCUACCUUAAAUAAGCAUCUAAAAUAACCAGGAGGAGUGAUAUUUGGAGAUAACCUUCUACCUCCCUGGUCUGGAAAAUCCAGGUGGCAGUCUCCAGCUGGAAGUCUCACUUCAGCUGAGUUACAGUUAAUUCCAUUCAUGGGGUUUUGUGUGUUUUAAUAGCAAAUAAAAAAUAAUGUUUAAUUUUGAAGAAAUUACAUUCUGUAAUUUAGGAGUGUACUAUCAUCUCUCCAAAUCCCAAGAAUUCAGCCUGGGUGUAUGAACUAAACUAUGCUGCACUAAAAUGAAGUUAUGCCUCUAACUUUCUCACAGACUCCCAGGACAAAACCCAGAGGCUUGAUGUGUUUUCAGUAUUCUUAAAAAGACAGCUAUUUUCACUAUGAGGUUUAGGAAUUUCUAAAUGCAACUUUCAUAAUGACUAAUAGGAUACAUUUGUCUACAUCUCAGUGGAUCAAGAUGAGAAUAUAUUGGUUAAUAGAUUUUUCUCUUUUACAUUUUACAAGGUGCUAAGUUCAGUUAGGAUUUUUCAGAGGCAGAUCUUAUAAAAUAAUAACUAUUCAUAGAUUAUGCUAUCACAGAAAUUGAGGUGCUCUUUACUAACACUGUCUGAAAAUAAUGUUGUAAUACAGUGAUUAUGAUUUGUAUAUUUUUGUUAAUGUUAUUAAUAAUUAUCAGUAAAUCCUCAGUUUUUUUAAUCAGAUACAAACUGCUGAAGAGCAAUCUGGAGAUAUUUAGACAGAAAUAAAUGUUAACAUUGCAUUCUCUGGAAAA